AGUGGUUGACCCGUGGCUCAGUGAUUUGGUUCGUUGUUACUUCUAACAUUAGUUAUCUACCAGCAUAGUGCAUACCAGUCUCCAAAAACUUGUAUUUAAACUUUGUUUCAUCUCGAGUAUUGUUUAUAUAAAGAAGAAUGAGUGCCCGCCGGGGACCUGCAGAAGAGGAAGAAGAGGAGCUGGAUGGAGGUCCAGGACUGGCAUACAUGCCAUUUGUUGUUAUGGACGAUCUGUUAGACAAGCUUAAGCUACUUGGAUAUGAUAAAGACUUCCUUGUAGAGCUUAAAAUGAAACCAUUAAGCAGGCAUUAUUUUGCCUUACAAACUAAUCCUGGGGAACAGUUCUACUUGUUCACAUCACUGAGUGCAUGGCUGAUACGUAAGACAGGAAGAAAUAUGGAACAACCACAAGAGUAUGAUGAUCCAAACUCAACUGUUUCCAACAUACUUGAUCAUCUCAGACAAUUGGGCAUUGCAGUUGACUUUCCACCAAACAAGCUUAAGGUUGGUUAUGGUGAACAUGCCAUUUUUGUUCUUGAUCGACUUGCAGAUUUCGCACUUAAGCAAGACAAUUUUUUGUGGAAAAAACCUAUAUAUCCUGCUGAGGAUACUGGAGGGGAGGAUGGAGAAGUGAAAGACGAAGCUGAACUCACUCUUGACAAAGUGGAGGAAGAAAUGAUGGCUGAAUAUGAUGAUGAUGAUGAAGAAGAAAAUAUUCUUCACAUGGAUGACCUCAAAGACCUGACUGCACAAAAAGAUGGGGAUGCUUGGCCAGAUGAGAUCCUUCAUUCCAACACUACAUCAGAAGAAUGGAGGUUGGAACUGGAGCGUGUUCUGCCUCAGCUAAAAGUGACCAUAAGAUCAGAUACCCGUGACUGGCGAUCUCACAUUGAACAGAUGCACGAACAUCGAUCCAAGAUAAAUGAGACACUCAACUUUACUCAGAAACAACUUGAUGGUCUUCACUCGGAAAUUUCUCGUAGUCUGGAAAAAAUUAGCUCAAGAGAAAAAUAUCUUAAUGGCCAGCUAGAGCCUCUUCUGUUGGAAUAUCGGAACCUUCAGAAUGUAGCAGCAGAGAGUCGAGAACAGUAUCGUGUAGUAUCAACGAAACUUGUGGAGAAAUCUCAUGAACUGGCGCAGAUAUCUGAUGAACUAGACCGUGUUAAACACGAGAUGGAGGAAAGAGGCUCCAGUAUGACUGAUGGCACCCCUCUGGUGAACAUAAGGAAAGCACUGACACGAGUGCGACAAGAGAUCACAGCCAUGGACGUGCGCAUAGGAGUGGUAGAACAAAAGUUGUUGCAAGCUAAGCUCAAGGACAAGUCCAACAUGCAGAGGGACAUGAAUGCUCCUGUGUACAACAAUAUGGACAUGGGCCUUUUCUAGUGCUCAUAUAAACCUCCUGUAGUGGUACCCAUACCAUCCUGCCACUUACUCUGGAGUCUGGACACAACUUUAUGUACGUUUGUAGUGGAUUUCUCCCCUACAAACGCUGUUUGUCGCUGAGUAGCCGACCCCACCAAUUCCCCAGUGUAUGCCUCGUG